AUGACUCAGCUCUCCCUCAAAGUCGCCUCUGCCAUCGUCUUGGCCGCCAUGGCCGCCCAGGCUCUUCCUCUUGGUUCUGGCUGCACCGGUGCCGACUGCUACCAGUCUGCCAGCUCAGGUUCUGUCAGCGUUGGAUCGACCACCAACGUCGUCCCUGAGACCAACAUCACCCCUAUCACCCGCAUCCAGCCUUACGUCCAGGCAUUGGCUCCCAUUGUCGACUCUGAUUGCGACUACGGUCUCCCUGGCAACUACAACUACGGCGGUCUCGGAAACUACGGUGGUAUCGGAAACUAUGGUGGUAUCGGCGGCAGCGGUUACUACAACCGCGGUUACUAUGGUCGAGGUCUCCUUGGUCUGAACCGCGGUAUCUCGGCUCGCACGGGCGGUCUCUUCAAGCGCAACAUUGCCGACCAGGGCGCUGGAGGCAACUUGCUCUUCAACCAGUUCCAGUCCCAGUCCCAGUCCCAGUGUGCCGCUGGUGACAUUGCCUGCCAACAAUCUGUCCCUGCCCAGACCGUCGACUUGGGCUCGUCCACCCAGAUCAACCCUUCAACCGCUGUCUUCCCUUUGACAACCUACCAACACCAAGUUCAGUCCCUCGACUCUGACAUCCAAGCCGCCCCUGCUCAGGCCAACACUCUUCCCCAGCAGAGCGUCGACUUGGGAUCCAACGUUCUCAUCCAGCCGCAGACCAGCGUCAACCCCCAAACCACCUAUCAGCCCUCUGUCUCCCAGUUGGCGACCAACGUCCAGGCUGCUGCCCAGCAGGAUCAGUCCCUGCCCCAGUCGAGCGUCCAGCUUGGAUCCUCGGUCCAUAUUUCUCCCACGGUCAAUGUCCAGCCCUUGACCACCUUCCAGCCCUCGAUCCAGAGCUUGCCCUUCAACAUCCAGAUUGAGCCUUGCUCCGAUAUCAAUUACGUCCAGGGCGGCGCUUUAAACUUCCAGCAACAGCAGGGUGGUGCCAACUUCCAGCAACAGCAGGGUGGUGCCGGCUUCCAGCAAGGUGGUGCGGCCUUCCAGCAGGGUUCCGUUGCCUCCAGCUUCCCUGGCGCGAUUUCCUCGUCCCACCUCAGCGGCUCAUCUCCCAUCUACGCCAGUCGCUUUGGCUCUUCCCUUGACGCGUCUGCUGGUCUCCCUGGUGGUGCUGCUUACGGAUCCUCGGUCAUGGGCGGAUCUGCCUUCGGAGGAGCUCAGGCCUAUGGCGGCUCGAACAUUGGCGCUCAGGGACAGGGCUGCCAGUAA